CCGCCACCAUGAGUGCCGACGCUGAAAUGGCAGUGUUUGGGGAGGCUGCCUUGUACCUCAGAAAACCAGAGAGGGAGAGGAUCGAGGCACAAAACAAACCCUUUGAUGCCAAGAGCGCCUGUUACGUAAUACACCCUACAGAGCUCUACGUAAAAGGUGUUAUCCAAAGUAAAGAAGGGGGCAAAGCCACCGUAAAAACUGAAGAUGGGCAAACUCUAAGUGUUAAGGAUGACCAAGUCUUCCCUAUGAACCCUCCUAAGUUUGAUAAAAUUGAGGACAUGGCCAUGAUGACCCACCUCAAUGAAGCAACUGUGCUGUAUAACCUCAAAGAGCGUUAUAGUGCAUGGAUGAUUUAUACUUACUCUGGGCUGUUCUGUGUGACUGUGAACCCCUACAAGUGGCUUCCAGUGUACGACCCAUCGGUGGUGAAUGCCUACAGAGGCAAAAAGCGUCAGGAGGCUCCCCCACACAUUUUCUCCAUCUCUGACAAUGCCUAUCAGUUCAUGCUUACUGAUCGUGAAAACCAGUCGAUCUUGAUUACCGGAGAAUCCGGUGCUGGAAAGACUGUGAACACGAAACGUGUCAUCCAGUACUUUGCGACAAUCGCAGUUUCUGGUGACAAAAAGAAAGAGAGUACUAGCAAAAUGAAGGGGACCCUUGAGGAUCAAAUCAUUCAAGCUAACCCCCUGCUGGAAGCUUUUGGUAAUGCCAAAACAGUGAGAAACGAUAACUCAUCUCGCUUCGGUAAAUUCAUCAGAAUUCACUUUUCAACUUCAGGAAAACUGGCUUCCGCUGACAUUGAGACCUAUUUACUGGAGAAGUCCAGAGUAACGUUCCAGCUGUCAGCUGAAAGAAGCUACCAUAUAUUUUAUCAAAUUAUGACUAACCACAAGCCAGAACUUAUUGAAAUUCUUCUUAUCACCAACAACCCAUAUGAUUUCCCUUUUGUCAGCCAAGGAGAGAUCAGUGUAACCAGUAUUGAUGACCGUGAGGAGUUGAUGGCCACAGAUGCUGCCAUUGAUAUUCUGGGGUUCACUGCUGAAGAAAAAAUGAACAUCUACAAGCUAACUGGUGCUGUGUUGCACUACGGUAACAUGAAGUUCAAGCAGAAGCAACGUGAGGAGCAGGCUGAGCCUGAUGGCACUGAAGUUGCUGAUAAAAUUGCUUACCUAAUGGGACUCAACUCGGCAGACUUGCUUAAAGCUUUGUGCUUCCCGAGAGUGAAAGUGGGGAAUGAGUAUGUGACCAAGGGGCAGACUGUUCAGCAGGUAAAUAAUGCUGUUGGUGCUCUGGCUAAAUCGGUCUAUGAGAAAAUGUUCUUGUGGAUGGUCGUCCGUAUUAAUCAGAUGCUGGAUACUAAACAGCCCAGACAAUUCUACAUUGGUGUCCUGGAUAUCGCAGGUUUUGAGAUUUUUGAUUUCAAUAGCUUGGAACAGCUGUGCAUCAACUUCACCAAUGAGAAACUGCAACAGUUUUUCAACCAUCACAUGUUUGUGCUGGAACAAGAGGAGUACAAAAAGGAAGGAAUUGACUGGGAAUUUAUUGACUUCGGUAUGGACUUGGCAGCUUGCAUUGAGCUUAUUGAAAAGCCAAUGGGUAUUUUCUCCAUCCUUGAAGAGGAGUGCAUGUUCCCCAAAGCUUCAGACACCUCCUUCAAGGCCAAGCUGUAUGACCAGCAUCUCGGCAAAAGCAGCUGUUUCCAGAAACCCAAGCCUACCAAAGGCAAGGCUGAGGCCCACUUCUCCCUGGUGCACUAUGCUGGCACUGUGGACUACAACGUCACUGGCUGGCUGGAGAAAAACAAGGACCCACUGAAUGAAACUGUUAUUCAGCUGUACCAGAAAGCUUCGCUGAAACUCUUGGGAACCCUGUAUGCCAGCUAUGCUGCAGCUGAUGCAGAAUCUGGUGCUGCAAAGAAGGGAAGCAAGAAGAAGGGUGCUUCCUUCCAAACGGUGUCUGCACUCUUCAGAGAGAACUUAAACAAACUGAUGUCCAACUUAAGGAGUACUCAUCCACACUUUGUGCGUUGCAUAAUUCCCAAUGAAACAAAGACACCAGGUGCUAUGGAAAACCAUUUAGUUAUCCACCAGCUGAGAUGCAAUGGUGUGCUGGAAGGCAUCAGAAUCUGCCGAAAGGGAUUCCCAAGCAGAAUCCUUUAUGGUGACUUCAAGCAAAGAUACAAAGUAUUAAAUGCAAGUGCCAUCCCAGAGGGUCAGUUCAUUGACAGCAAGAAAGCAUCUGAGAAGCUUUUGGGAUCGAUCGAUAUUGAUCACACUCAGUAUAAGUUUGGACAUACCAAGGUGUUCUUCAAAGCUGGUCUGCUGGGUACCCUGGAGGAGAUGCGAGAUGAAAAACUGGCAAAACUCAUCACUUGUACUCAGGCUCAAUGCCGGGGUUUUCUGAUGAGAGUGGAAUUCCAGAAGAUGAUGGAAAGGAGGGAGGCCCUCUUUACUAUCCAGUACAAUGUCCGCUCAUUCAUGAAUGUGAAACACUGGCCAUGGAUGAAGCUGUACUUCAAGAUCAAGCCGCUCCUGAAGAGUGCAGAAACUGAAAAGGAAUUUGCCAACAUGAAGGAAGAAUUUGCCAAGUGCAAAGAAGAGCUGGCUAAGUCAGAAGCAAAGAGGAAGGAGCUUGAGCAGAAAAUGGUUUCUCUGAUGCAGGAAAAGAACGACCUGCUGUUACAAGUCCAGUCUGAAUCGGAAGGUCUCGCUGAUGCUGAGGAAAGAUGUGAAGGACUGAUCAAAAGCAAAAUUCAGCUUGAGGCUAAAAUGAAAGAGGUAACAGAGAGACUGGAAGAUGAGGAGGAAAUUAAUUCUGAACUCACUGCCAAGAAGAGGAAACUGGAAGAUGAGUGCUCUGAGCUCAAGAAAGACAUUGAUGAUCUAGAGCUUACACUGGCCAAAGUUGAGAAGGAGAAACAUGCCACUGAAAAUAAGGUUAAAAAUCUUACUGAAGAAAUGGCUUCACUUGAUGAAACAAUUGCAAAAUUAACCAAGGAGAAGAAAGCCCUCCAAGAGGCACACCAACAGACCCUUGAUGACCUGCAAGCAGAGGAGGACAAAGUCAACACUCUGACAAAAGCAAAGUCUAAGCUUGAACAGCAAGUUGAUGAUCUUGAAGGUUCAUUGGAGCAAGAAAAGAAACUUCGCAUGGACCUUGAGAGAGCCAAAAGAAAGCUUGAGGGGGAUUUGAAACUCGCCCAGGAAACCAUAAUGGACCUAGAAAAUGAGAAGCAGCAAGCAGAGGAGAAGAUAAAGAAGAAGGACUUUGAAAUAAGUCAGCUUCUUGGGAAAAUUGAAGAUGAGCAGGUGUUAGGGGCUCAAAUGCAAAAAAAGAUUAAGGAACUACAGGCUCGUAUUGAAGAGCUUGAAGAAGAGAUUGAGGCUGAACGUGCAGCUCGGGCCAAGGUUGAGAAACAAAGAGCUGAUCUUUCCAGAGAACUUGAGGAGAUCAGUGAAAGGCUUGAGGAAGCUGGUGGUGCAACUUCAGCCCAGAUUGAAAUGAACAAGAAACGUGAAGCCGAAUUCCAGAAAAUGCGCCGUGAUCUUGAGGAGUCUACUCUGCAGCAUGAAGCUACUGCUGCUGCUCUUCGCAAGAAGCAGGCAGACAGCGUGGCUGAGCUUGGGGAGCAGAUCGACAACCUUCAGCGUGUGAAACAGAAGCUGGAGAAGGAAAAGAGUGAAUUUAAAAUGGAAGUGGAUGAUCUUUCAAGCAACAUGGAAGCUGUAUCUAAGUCCAAGGCUAACCUGGAGAAGAUGUGUCGUACGCUGGAGGACCAACUUAGUGAAAUAAAAUCAAAGAAUGAUGACAAUGUUCGUCAGAUGAAUGACCUUAAUGCUCAAAGAGCAAGACUUCAGACAGAGAAUGGUGAAUUAUCUCGUCAACUAGACGAGAGAGAAGCUUUGGUUUCCCAGUUGACAAGGGGCAAACAGGCUUUCACUCAGCAAAUUGAGGACCUUAAGAGGCAACUGGAGGAAGAAACAAAAGCCAAGACUGCCCUGGCUCACAGUUUACAAUCAGCCCGCCAUGACUGUGACCUACUUAGGGAGCAAUACGAGGAGGAGCAGGAAGCCAAGGCUGAUCUGCAGCGGGGGAUGUCCAAGGCUAAUAGUGAAGUGGCUCAGUGGAGAACCAAAUAUGAAACUGAUGCGAUCCAGCGCACUGAGGAGCUUGAAGAAGCAAAGAAAAAGCUGGCGCAACGCCUGCAAGAUGCUGAGGAACACAUUGAGGCUGUGAACUCAAAGUGUUCCUCGCUGGAAAAGACCAAGCAAAGGCUACAGGGUGAAGUUGAAGACCUCAUGAUUGAUGUAGAAAGAGCAAAUGCCCAAGCUGCAGCUCUUGACAAGAAGCAGAGGAACUUUGACAAGGUUCUUGCAGACUGGAAGCAGAAGUAUGAAGAAAGCCAGGCUGAGCUGGAAGCUGCUCUGAAAGAGGCUCGUUCUCUAAGCACUGAGCUUUUCAAGCUGAAGAAUUCAUACGAAGAAGCUUUAGAUCAACUGGAAACCUUUAAACGGGAGAACAAGAACUUACAGCAGGAAAUAUCAGAUCUUACUGAACAGAUUGGUGAGAGUGGAAAAACUAUCCAUGAACUGGACAAGGCUAAGAAGCAAACUGAAUUGGAAAAGAUAGAAAUUCAAACCGCCUUGGAGGAAGCUGAGGCAUCUUUGGAGCAUGAAGAGUCAAAGAUUCUUCGCAUCCAGCUUGAACUGACCCAGGUGAAGUCUGAAGUUGACAGGAAGAUUGCUGAGAAAGAUGAAGAGCUUGAACAGAUCAAGAGAAACAGCCAGAGGGUUAUUGACUCAAUGCAGAGCACCCUUGAUGCUGAAAUUAGGAGCAGGAAUGAUGCCUUAAGAUUGAAGAAGAAGAUGGAGGGAGAUCUCAAUGAAAUGGAAAUUCAGUUGAGCCAUGCCAACCGCCAAGCGGCUGAAGCUCAGAAACAACUCAAGAAUGUCCAAGGUCAACUCAAGGAUGCCAUACUCCAACUGGAUGAUGCUAUUCGUGGACAGGAAGACAUGAAGGAGCAGCUUGCCAUGGUGGAACGCAGGAACACCCUGAUGCAGACUGAAAUUGAAGAGCUGAGGGCUGCCCAGGAACAGGCAGAGAGAGGCCGCAAGGUGGCUGAGCAGGAGCUGCUUGAUGCCAGUGAGCGGGUGCAGCUGCUGCACUCUCAGAAUACCAGUCUGAUCAACACAAAGAAGAAGCUUGAGAGUGACAUUAGCCAGCUUCAAGGUGAAGUAGAUGACACCAUCCAGGAGGCAAGAAAUGCAGAAGAAAAAGCCAAGAAAGCUAUAACUGAUGCAGCCAUGAUGGCAGAGGAACUGAAGAAGGAACAGGACACCAGCGCCCACCUGGAGAGAAUGAAGAAGAACCUGGAUGUGACAGUGAAGGAUCUCCAGCACCGUCUGGAAGAGGCUGAGCAGCUGGCAAUGAAGGGUGGAAAGAAACAGCUCCAGAAAUUGGAAGCUCGGGUGCGUGAGCUGGAGAAUGAACUUGAAGCUGAGCAAAGACAUGGUGCUGAUGCCAUUAAAGGUGUCCGGAAAUAUGAAAGAAGGGUGAAGGAGCUCGUCUACCAGUGUGAAGAAGACAAUAAGAAUGUCCACAGGCUCCAGGACCUGGUCGACAAGCUGCAACUGAAAGUGAAAGCUUAUAAGAGGCAGGCCGAGGAAGCUGAGGAACAAGCCAAUACCCACCUGUCCAAGUUCAGGAAGGUGCAGCACGAGCUUGAGGAAGCUGAGGAGCGUGCUGAUAUUGCUGAAUCCCAGGUCAACAAGCUGAGGACUAAGAGCCGUGAGCUGGUUUCAAAGGGCAAAGAGGCAGAAGAGUGAAGAAACCAAAAGAUUUGCAACCAGGGAUAUUCAUACAAUAUGAAUUUCUGUUUGAAGUAGUGUAGUUCCUGUGUUCACACUGUUAGUUCCCUUGCAUAUUCUCCUGGUCUUUGCGGUGUGUUUUCUUUAUUUUCUUAAACGCAUGUCAAAUGUUUGUAAACUACAUGCUUCAAUUCUUCAGAACAUCUCCACACAACUUGUUAGAGAGUAGUGUAUCUUUGACAGACAUGUUCAUGGAACAGGAGCCAAGUGCACCAAAUUACCCAAAUGGUUUAAUGUUAGAUUUUACAGAUAGUCUACACCAGUUCAGGACGGACACGCACUGAGAAUAUAUAAAAUAAAAGAGAAAUGCAAAAACACUUCUGACAAUGAUUCUUCCAACCUGCUCACACAAAGUUAAAAUGAUGAUAUACUUUGUCAACAUAUAUUGAAAAGGUAGUUAUAUGGUACUGUUGAUUUUUUUUUUUUUUUUUUACAAUAUGUAAUAGAAAUUGUAAUCCUUUUAAAUGCUGGUUUGUUUGCACAUUAGGUAAUUAAGCUUUAUUGUUCUUCAAAUGGCAAAGACGCAGAAGAAUAAGGAACACCCUAAGAUCUGUACCAGAGAUAUUCAUACAAUAUGAAUUCCCUCUUGAAGUA